CGCUGAAUACGGACAGCUCCUAAACACAACAAUGUUCCGCGUCUCUCCCUGGAUCCAAUACGAUCCCAACGGUGAAACACAGCAAGAUCACUCUCGUUCCGACCACCGUUUUCGCAACAUGAACGAGGAUGUGGACAUGGACGCUCCGCAAAUCUCGACACUCAAGGAGGAGGAGACACCUGAGCCCCAGCCGAGUCCGGGACGGCAGACUAAAUUCAGAGUGAAGCUUGUCAUGAACGAUAACAAGCUUCGGGCUGCUCCCCCUGCUGGGCCCUCAGGAAGGAAGGAAGAACCCAAGCUCGAGUCGGAGGACGAGGAAGACGAGGAUGAAGAAGAGGAUCAGCUCAUUGACGACGACGAGGAGGAACCUAGAGCAGGAGCUCCGGCCGCCGUCGUCCCCGCUCCUGUCCCCACCGAGAAACGGGGAGCUGGCGCCAAGCGAGGCACUACGACUGGUCGGGGGAGAGGUAGAGGCCGAGGGGCUAGGGCAAAGGCAGGUAUUGCGCGUACAGAUACAUCUCCGAUCAUUGUCUCCGGUGUUACCACGAGCACCGAUGGUCUCGGUACUAUCACAAUUCCUGCAAAUACUUCACUCUCUGCGCCUGGUGUCAGUCCGCCCAGGAAGCGAGGAGGCGCACCGAAAGCGGCGGGGCAGCGUGCUCCUCGCAAACGCGCACCCAAAACUUCCAAGGCCAUUCCACCCCAUAUGAGAGACGAUGUGAAUGUAUUCAGUGACGUGUAUGUAGGAACGGGAGCUUCCACUCCGCCUCAUGAUGAACCCAGUCCUCACUUUGACGAUCUACCUUUGCCAAGUCAUACCAUCCCAAUCGGACCAAUUCCGGCCGACGAGGAUAUCAAUUUGGAAGGCGUGCCUCUCCCUUUAUAUCCUCUCCCGACCAAGCCCUUCCCUGUGCUCCCUGCCCCCAAGAUCCCGACUGGCCUAGCUCCCGUCAUGCCACUUGACAAGAGCGGCAAAAAAAUUCGCAAAUGGCGUCAGGCUCAGCGUGAGAUUAGAGGCAUAGCUGGUGGACGAUGGUUUGCAAAAACGUGGAUAGGAGACAAAGAGUCUGAAUACGCCGCCGCGCAUGCCGUGCAGCCUCCCCCCAUCCCGGCUGCCACGCAAGCGACCGCUCUUGCUAUGAUUGGAGGUGGUGAACUUCUGCCAGGCAUGGGCACCCUUCCGAUCCCCAGGUUGUCUGGGGCGACAUCCGGGCGGGGAAGAGGCAGGGGUGGGUUCGCCACUCCCUCAUCGCGAGCUCAGUCCGCGGGUGCAGACUCUGUCUCUGCCCCCAAGAAGCGCACCACGCAAUCGUCGUCUCUGGCAGAUACCCCCUCCGGCCCUGACUCUGUGCUCUGAUGCUCUCUUGACUGCUUUGCGCUCAAUUAUUUAUUUCCUCGUCUGCAGCGUAUGUACUACUUGUAA